AUAUAUAGGAUUGUCGACAGCGUUUGGAUAGGGCUACAAUGAGCUAUGAUCAGGCCCGUGAAAAAUUUGUGUCAGUGCGGAAAGGGACUAGAGCAGAAGUAGUGACCGGACUUGAGGAGGAUCUACACAAUGGCAAGUCAGCUUUCGAGAGAUCCCGCUUUAACUUAGUUCAUGCCCUUGCAAACAUUGAAGCAAAGAAGAAGUACGAGUUCUUGGAAUCAAUAAGCGCGGUGAUGGAUGCCCAUCUAAGAUAUUUUAAGCAGGGAUUCGAGCUACUGAGCCAAAUGGAACCGUUCAUUCACCAGGUUCUAACAUAUGCGCAGCAAUCAAAAGAAAUGGCUAUGAAUGAGCAAGAUAAACUUGCAAAGAGAAUUCAAGAGUUCAGAACUCAAGAAGAAAUAGCAAACUUGAGAAUGGCUAGUAAUGUAAACACAUCUACGAGUGGUGAUGGCAUACAUGUUGUUGGUCUUCAAUCCUAUAAAAAGAUUGAAGCCUUAAUGCAGUCAACUGCCAAUGGCCAGGUUGAAAUAAUUAAACAAGGUUAUCUCUUUAAGCGUUCUGAAAAUCUACGAGGAGAAUGGAAGAGGAGGUAUUUUGUUCUUGACAGCCAUGGGACUCUGUACUACUACGGGAACAAGGGAAAUAAACAAUCGCAAGGAGUGGCAUCACAGCAAACUGCUGAACCGACUGGUGUAUUUAGUCGCUUCAGAUUCUUAAAUCCAAAAGCUUCAUCUCAGGGGGAUGAUUCUCUUUCAUGUCGUACAAUUAAUCUCAGAACUUCAACAAUUAAGAUGGAUGCUGAAGAAAAUGAUUUAAGAUUUUGCUUCAGAGUAAUCACUCCCAUGAAGGCAUACACUUUACAGGCGGAGACAGAGGCUGACCAAAAGGACUGGAUCGAAAAAAUAACAGGAGUUAUUGCAUCACUGCUGAAUUCACCAUUUUCGCAUCAGCCGCCAUAUGGGAAUCUAGCAGCAGAAAGUCAUGGUUCUGCAAGUUCUCUUGAUUCUGCUGCAUCUCUUGAAGAGAGCAAAAGUUCAGAAGCACACAGUGAUGCAAUAAACCAUCUCAGGAAUAUCCCUGGAAACGACAGUUGUGCAGAAUGUCGUUCUCCAGAUCCUGAUUGGGCAUCUCUAAACUUGGGUAUUCUUAUUUGCAUCGAGUGCUCAGGGGCUCACAGGAAUCUUGGAGUCCAUAUUUCAAAGGUUCGAUCCUUGAGAUUGGAUGUGAAAAUAUGGGAGCCAGUAAUUAUUGAUUUGUUUCGUGCACUUGGAAAUGAUUACAAUAAUUCCAUUUGGGAAGCUUUGCUUCCAAAAGAAGAUCAAGGAAUGGAUGAGUCAAAUAGCGCUAUCCUGUUCAUGGAAAAGCCUAAACCUACUGAUGCAUUCUCAAUAAAGGAAAGGUUCAUACAAUCAAAGUACGUGGACAAACUUCUUAUUGCCAAAGACGCCAAUCAAAUUACCAUUGGUAUACUGGAAGCUAUAAGGACAAAUGAUGUGAGAGCAGUGUAUCGCAUUCUUGUGUUGGCUGAUGCAAGCCCUAACAUGACAUACGAUGAGUUGAACAACGACGUUAAUCAUGUUCUACCAGUAACAGACAGGAAAUUAUUUGAUCCAGCCUCUUGUGAGAAAAUAGAGGAUUCCGGGAGACCGGAAGGUUGUCUGCAAGGCUGCUCCUUAUUGCACUUGGCAUGUCAACAUGGUCAUCCUGUACUAGUGGAGCUUCUGCUACUUAUGGGCGCGGAUAUUAAUAAGCGGGAUUUCCAUGGACGGACACCAUUGCACCAUUGUGUCCAAAAGAGUAAUGAUGCCCUUACCAAGCAUCUACUGAAGAGGGGUGCAAGAACAACAAUUAAAGAUGGCGGGGGCCUGACUGCUUUGGAGAGAAGAAUGGAGCUUGGAGCAAUAACAGAUGAAGACUUGUUCAUAUUAUUUGUGAGGUGAUUGUGGAACAAUACUCCUAGGUUGUGCCGCUGUAGCCGUAGCAAGCAAAGCUCGUCUGUAUCUGAAGGAGGCGUCGUGCCACCUGUUUUAGCAUCUUCUACACUUUUACAUCGGAAGACAAGACAAAACACUUACUGGAGAUUAUUGUAUCUGACCUUUGCACUGCGUCGCUCCUUUGUAUUACAACUAUAGGCUAGUAGUUUGUAUGAUUUCCCUUUUGUGAAGCAUAUCAUACUAUACCAUAUAUACAUUUGGGCAAUGUAAGCCUGUUUUAUCUUGCGGCAUCGUGCUGAUUUGCAAUUGUAUUUGGUAUUCUGAAUCUUAGUGAUCAGUUGUUCGCUA